GGUGCGUCUCUGCAAAGGGGAUAAUCCGGUCUGCUGGUCGAUGUGGGAUUGUGCGACAGGACUGUAUCUACGUGUUUUGCUCGUUUAGCCGUUAUCCCGCCUGUAAAGCACAUUAAAACUAGGCUGGAAGUGGUUGUACCGAGAAGUGUUUCCAAUGGCCGCAGAGUGUUCUCAAGAGGAUUUGGACUUUGUAAAGGAGAGAGGAGGCAGAGUAAAAAACACCGAGUUAACGGAGCAUUUUAAGGACGUGUUCGCGGAGGAGCCGGAGAAGAAGGCGGCGGUCCGGGAGAGAUUUAAGAACUACGUAGACAAUAUCGCUUUUGUAAAAACUGACAAUGGAGUUAAAUAUGUCCUCCUGAGGAAAAGGUUCCGCGGGUCAGUAAAGGGGCAGGAAAGCCCAAGCGUUAGUAAUGGGGCAGAAACGGAACCGGAACAAGUUUUAAAUGACGGCAAAGGUUCACACGGAGCACACGGCAGCAGGGCUGCUGCGGCCGCCGAGCAACAAACACUCCCAGGAUCAGGUUACGGAAGUGACAGCCAGGUGGGAGCUCCGCAUGAUCCCCCUCCUGCAACCGACGCUAGACGCAAAUGUCUUGAGUUUGUUUGUAUAGCUGAGGAGGUGGACAGCAGCUCGGGUGAUAUGGGGAACACUGAAAGCUUUCGGAGAGAGAAGAGGGCUUCCAAGAAGGAACAGACGGGAAAAACACCUGACAUACCAGAAAUUUCAGUGAUUGAAGCGUCACCUCUCCCUGCAGAGGGAUCUGUGUUCACCCUGCCUGGGCCUGUACAAACCGGUGGUACAGGACAGGUAGACACAGCUACUGCUUGCCUUAGUCCCACAGACAGACAGGCUCAGACUGAAGCUCUCUCACUAGAAGGGCUGAAGGAAGCAGAGCAGAUUCAUGUGGUGACCAGGCGCAGAAACUCUAAAGGAUCGCAGCACAGAUUUCUCUCCAGGCAGCCAGAGUCAGACGACGUGGAGGAUGAGGAACAGUUUGAUACACACAGCCUGUGUGGCAGUGAAGGUAAAAGCACCCCUAAAGGCAGCCGCAAACACUUCAUCCAGGUCAUGAUGAACACUUCCCCUCAGGUGAGACGUAGCAUGGUUCUGCGCAGGUCGGUUUACCUGUCCUCCAGGAGUGACAGUGACUCAGCCUCCCUGGUCUCCUCCAGCCUGGAUGAAGACAGGACCUUGGUCACUCUGGACCCUCUGGAACAUGAGUGGAUGAUGUGUGCUUCGGAUGGGGUGUGGGGCAGCUUGUCCCGCCUCCUCACCACAGAGCCUAGCCUUGUCCUGAGGAAGGAUUUCAUCACUGGCUUCACCUGUCUGCACUGGGCCGCCAAGCACGACAAGCCUGAGCUCAUAGCACUGAUUAUUAACUUUGCCAAGCAACACAACAUUCCCAUCAGUGUUGAUGUUCGAUCCAACACAGGCUACACCCCGCUGCACAUAGCUGCCAUGCACAACCACAUGGAGGUGUUGAAGCUCCUGGUUGGUGCCUACAAUGCUGAUGUGGAGAUCAGAGACUACAGUGGGAGGAAGGCCUGCCAGUACCUCACCGACAGUGUGAGUGUGGACAUAAGGGACAUCAUAGGAGAAUACGAGCAAUCAAACUCCGAGAACGCAGACCGUGGGGGCGGUGGCCGCUGGAGGAUAUCCAAGGUUCUGCAAUCUAACCUGAAGCCCCUCAGGCUGCUGAGCACUGGUGACUGUGACUCUGUGGACGGGGAGGGCCAACCCAGAGAGAAACCCCUCAGGAGGAAGUCUUCUCUCAGCAAGAUGAAGCCCAAACUACAGAAGCUCCACUUGAGGACAUCACAGAUCAUCCACAGCACGUCGUUCCACAACACAGAGGAGCUAGAAGGGCCUGUGAAAGGCUCCUUUAAGUCUAGACCUAAGACAUAUUUCUUUGGGGUGAGACCAACACUGACACAAGACAUAGUGUACAGGGAUGAUGACAGUAAAAGCACAGGAUGUUAGCAGAAAUUUGGCGAGGCACAUUUUAAGACAAUUUUUACAUUCCAUAUAAAGACUGGGCCAAAAGAACAAGUGACAGCAGGUUGAGGCUGCCUUUUAUUAUGUGUGGGCUUUUGUUUUUCUGAAUUCAUGCAAGUGAAAGCUGAUAAUUUUUAUUGAUAUUCACUAUCUCAAAAUGUGAUCAUUUUUAUGCCAAACAAUCAGUGUGACUUUUAUCUUUGAUAGGGCAGAAGAUCUCUGAAACUCCAUUUAACAAGCUAACCUAACAAACCCCUACUCUGGGUCUCUCAGCUCCAAGCCCAUUGGUUCCUACUGAAGACGUAAAUCUUUAAAAGUAGGCUCAGUCAUUUCCUAACAGCUGCCCAAUGUAGUUUUUAUCAAACAGGAGGAAAUAGUGCAUUUGUUUGGGGACUAAUUUGCAGUGAUAGAUUAAUCCAUAUUUAGUGCUGUUGUUCAUAUUUCGGGCAUUAGGACAGUUUGUGUGGGAUUGAGUCAAAAUAAACUACACUGUGUGUGUUACUUUGUAAUUUGGAUCACUGUAGGCAGAUUUCUCAGUCAUAAGGUUGAAAUGUGAAGCCAAACCGGUUGCAUUCAGAGACAAGGACUGGUCUUUGGUAAUUUUACUUUUCAUACAUUAAAGGAGCAGGAUUUUAAGAUGUCCCGAGGAAAUCUGAUGCCUGUAAACAUUUGGGCUGAGAUUACUUAUUUACCCCAGCUCAGCUAAAGUUAUGUGAAAUCUUGCUGUAUAUCAUUCAACUCAGUAUAAUUAUCCACAAAGGUCUUAACUUAUGUCACCAACAUUUGAGGUUAAAAUAAAGUUACAGACCUCCUGUGGAAAUACUAAAGCCAUCUUGGGCUUUCGCAUUUAGUACAUUCAAUUUUUUGGAUGUAAAGGGCUAAAUCCAAAAAACGGGAUAAAUCCCAUGGAUAAGGUGCUGCUCAGCACAUAAGUUUACAAAUGUUUUACUUUACAGGACUUUAGCAAAAUGUAAAAUAUUUUAUAAAUUGUUUCAUGAAUGUAUUGCAUGAGUUGGUGGACUGAAAAGCAAUUGUGGCACAACGGGGUUCUAAUCUACAAUAUGCUGCUUCAUGUCAGAACUUGACUUUAGCCUCACACUGCGCAAGCUUCUCAUGUCAAGAUGUGAAAAGGUUCUUAAAUAAAGGUCUGCGGAGAUGAAAUGAGUGGUUACAUUUCUGGUACCACUUUAUCAAUAGUAAUUUUUUCAUGAUGUCAUAUACAGGUAGGUACAUGGCACCUUCAGUCUUUUUUAUUACAUCUUUGCAAAUUUGAACAAAAACAGCUCUUAGAUUUUUAUUUGCACAUUACAAUCUGUUCUGUAUAAGCCUUUACUUAGAGACUAGAGAGCUCGAACAACCGUUAAUAUUUCAGUAAAAACAUGAAAACGUUUUUCAGGCACUCUUAAGUAGCGCAGGGAGUGGAGAAGCAUUUAAAGUCUUUAUUUAGUUGGGCAUAUUAGUGACAACGGCAAUCGUUUUCAACUGUUUUCAGGGCUUCAUUUUUCUGCCCGUCACGAAGGCCCACUGAUCAGUUUUUUUUUAUUUUGAAGAGCACCUUAAGGCUUCCUGGACUCAUGGCAAGUGUGGCAGAGUGAGCAUUAGGCAUCAUCUUUUGUCUUAACGGUAAAAAUUUACCUGGGUUCCCUGUGCUUGGGUUAAGGGGGCUAUGUAGAGUUGAUGUUUGUACUCUAAUUAAAUCAAACGUACAUCAUUGUACUUGUACAAAGGACUGUGUGUCUGAUUUGUCCCUUUGUACAUGCAAAUGGGAAAAAUAUGGAUGAUAUUUUGUAUUACCUAAAAUCAAUAAAUCAAAGUGAGACCUUGA